AUGUGCAGCCGGGUGGGAACCACUGCCCUGCCGGAAUUCCAUCGGCAAGAGGUGGUCUCCACUCGGGUCCUCGCUCUCAAACUUGGCUGUCUGUUGGAAGCAGCUGGUGAGCUUCAACCUGUACUGACGCUCCGGUCUCACCCGGAGGCUGUGUGCGGGCCGGGCUCUGCAAGGUGUUGCAAGGGCGGGCGCAGUGCGCGAGCGCGCCACUGGGUGGCGCUGCGCGCUCGGCGGCCGCUGAGUCCGCGGCACACCUGCCCCGCCUCCGCCAGGCGGGCCGCGGGGCCUGCAGCGGCUGGGGGCGGGGCUCCGAGGCCCGGGCGCGGCCACGGCUCCGCAGCUGCGUCUGUGCCAGACCCUGUCGCCGUCCUGAUGCUGCUCGUGGAUGCCGACCGGCCGGAGCCGGUGCGCAGCGGGGCGCGCGAGCUCGCGCUCUUCCUGACCCCCGAGCCCGGGGCAGAGGCUCGAGAGGUGGAGGCGGCCAUCGAGGGGACCCUCCUCAUGCUGGAAGAAUUUUGCAGCCUCACGGACAUGAUCCGAAGUGACACAUCACAGAUCUUGGAGGAAAAUAUCCCGUUCCUUAAGGCCAAAGUGACGGAAAUGCGUGGUGUCUAUGCCAAAGUGGACCAGCUAGAGGCCUUCGUCAAGAUGGUGGGGCACCACGCCGCCUUCCUGGAAGAGCAAGUGCUGCGGGCUGAGCAGGAGUGUGGCGCCUUCCCACAGGCCCUGCGGCGGUGGCUGGGCUCCGCGGGGCUCCCCUCCUUCCGGAAUAAGCCGUCCUCACCAGCGCCCCAGAUGUAUGAGCUGCCUGCACUGUACAGGACCGAAGACUAUUUUCCUGGGGACCCCCAGGAGGUGAAGAAUGCAGUCCUCAAGCCCUGUCACCAGCCUGAGCCCUGUGGUCAGCAUCUGGGAGCAUCGGAGUGAUGCUAUGCACAAGGCGCAGCUUGGGGUUCUUUUCCUUUUAUUGCCAUUGAUUUGUGUUUGCUUUUCUCCUGGAGGGAUCUGGAGCAGCAAUGGGGACCUGCGAGUGGCAGUGUCUCCAGGACAGCUACACACCCAACCCUUCAUGGGGCCACAGUGAGGGCCCAUGCACCCCUGCCCUGUGGCUCAUCCCAAUAAAGUGUCAAGCGCUCACUCGUGGUCAGGUUGUGAAGACAGUGGGAGGUCGCCUGGUCCUCAGAGUGCACGGGCUGUGGUGAGUGGAGGACAGGCCUGGCCUUGCAUUCCAGCUGUGCACAGAGACCAGAGGCUCUUGGUCUCCAAGGUGUGCCUGCCUCCUUUCUCCUGCAGACAGCCUCCUGCCUUACUAACCCUCAAGUUCCUGUGUAGCUUCCACCUGGGCUGCAGAUUGCUGGAAUUCCUCUCAGAGUCAAGAAAACACACACACACACACACACACACACACACAUGCACGCACGCACACACACACACACACACACACGCAUGCACACACAUAGACACGCGUGCGCGACUGGCCUGCAGGAUUCAACAUCAGGGAAGUCUAAAAUAGUGAACCUGGCAAGAUAGCAUUAGAAAAGCAAGGAAUAAGUUGGGUCAUUCCAAUUUUCGGAAAACUUUUUGGAAUUAAAAUAAGGUGGAUCCUAUGUUUCAGGGGACGCCGCAUUUUUCUGUGGAGACCAGUUUUGGAGACCUUCUUUGGGACUAUAAUUCACACCACAGAAAGGGUACCGAGUGUGGCUCACAAAUCCGUGUGACCCCCAACACUGUCGGCACCCAGAAGGAUGCUGGUGUUGCUGGAUCUGUGCUUUAAUGCAAGUGGAGGACAGAUGGAGCGUGUGCGGGCUGGACACUGUGCCUGAGGGAGGCAUCCCUGUCACUGAGUGGAGCUGCAGAUCGUUAAUUCUGAGGGCUGCUUUUAAUGAAGCAAGCUGCCACACGUGCCCCUGUCUGCUCAGGAGAGCCUAGAUUCAAUGACAAGUUCACAUUUUAGGCAAGCAGUGGAGGAAAGCAAUCUACAGGUC